AUGCAUUCUUCAAAGAAUAAAAACGUAGAAAAGCCAGAACCAUUUUAUAGACCUUCAGCACCUAAGCAGAAGACCAGUGCUGAGAUAAUAAAUGAAGCACGAAAUGCACUAAGGACUUUAAGAACUCGGAGACCAUUUACACCUAGAGAGGACCAAAGGAAACUUUUUGGAUCUGCUUCUUCACGAACACUAGAAAAUAGACCACCUUCCACUUUUAGUCUCCAUGCUUCCAGUUUUGAAUCAGGUGAAUCAAGAUCGGUGUCUGGUACACGUCUCAGCCCACUGGACCAUAAGCCAAAACUACUUUCAUCGCCUAUAAAAGAUGAAGAUUCUUCCAUUUCCUUCCCGAAGCCUCCAGUGGACCCAAUGGAGGUUAGGAAAGUCAGCAGUGCCCGGGCUCGCUUAUGUAGAACAGCUUCUCAGGGAAAUCUCCUUCCAGAUAAAAUAUUUCUUCCUGAUGAGAAUAAGGAGGGGGUAAAUUCUGAAGAACCAGCUACCAUGGAUGACCUUUCAAGAAGAAGUAAUAAAAGUUGUUUAGCAGAACUAAGUCCACACUCCAAUUUUAAGGAUGAUGAUAUUCCACUAAUUUACAAUGAGCAUAAUAAGGCAGAGGAGCAAGACUUCUUAAAAGUGGCAGUAGCAACAUCUCCAUUGCAAUUCAGAAGUGGAAGUGACCAAAUUAAAAACGGUGACAGGGCUUCAUCAAAUCCAAGCAGCACUGGCUGGAAUAAAUCAGGAAGCAAAGCAGGCUCAGAGAAUGACUCAAGAGAAAAUGAAACUGAAGAGGAAGAAAACUACUGGAAUGUAAAGAUUGUACCAAUUGUGUAUGAAUUAGAGAAUGAAGACAAUAUAGAAAACCUCUGCCUUGCCUGCACCAGUCUCCAUCAAGCCUUGGAAGAAGGAAAUAUGUUUGGAAAGAGAUUUAAAAGAAGAAGUGCGCUUCUGAAGAUAUUGUAUAAACUAGUUGACAUUGGUUCAGACCCACUUGGCCUGAAACUGGCAAGAAUGAUUCUGGCUCUGAAAGUAAGUGGAAAGAAUCUGCUCAAUGUCUGCAAGCUUGUAUUUAAAAUUAGUAGAAAUGAGAAAAAUGAUUCGCUCAUUCAAAAUAAUAGUCUAUUGGAUUCUUUGUUGGAGAUCCUGAGAUUUGAAGAUCUACAAACAAACAAUGAGGCUUUUCUCUAUUGCCUGGGAGCAAUAAAAUUCAUUUCUGGAAAUGCAGUACUCCUUAAUGAACUGGUUAACAAAGGAGCUGUUGAAAUAUUCUUUCAGUUAAUGAAGCAGAUUAAUAAUAUUAAAGAAAAUGACACGCGUUUCUCCAACUUGGGCCACCUAUUAGUCCAGCUGACAGCUACUUUGCGAAACUUGGUUGAUUUACCUCUUUCAAGAUGCCAGCUCCUGUGUAGUGGUGCAGUUUCAGAGUUCUGGGUGGUGCUGGAGCAGCGUAUGAAUGAUAAGGAUAUAUGUACCAAUAUUGUCAGGAUAUUCAGCAAACUUUCUUCCUACAAUGACUGCUGUGCAGCUCUGGCAGCCUGCUCCAGAUGUUAUGUCUUAUUUUUAGCCCUUCUAAACAAACACCAAAAGAAGGAGGAUUUAGUUGUCCGUGUUGUUUUCAUUCUUGGCAAUUUAACAGCGAAGAACAAUCAGGCCCGUGAACAAUUUUUUAAAGAGAAAGGAAGUGCUGACACCCUGAUAUCAUUAUUCCAAACCUACAAUGAAUUUGAUUUGAAUACAAAAAAAGAGAAACGUGAAGGAGAAGAAAAUAAAUCAAAACAAAAGCAUCCUUCAGAAGCAGAAGAUGUCCUUAUAAAACUGAUCAGAGUGCUCGCCAAUCUCUCCAUUCAUCCUAGUGUAGGUGCUGUUCUGGCAGCUAACCAUCACAUUGUGGCAUUGCUUGUUACGGUGCUAGAAUACAAGUCAAUUGAUGACUGUGAGGAGCUGGUGAUCAACGCUGCCGCAACAAUCAACAAUUUAUCCUACUACAAAGUGAGGAAUUCUGUAAUUGAAGACCAGAAGCUACACAUUGCAGAGUUACUUCUAAAGCUGCUAAUGAGCAGCAAUAUGGAUGGAAUUCUGGAGGCUGUUAGAGUCUUUGGCAAUCUUUCCCAAUACCUUGAAAUCUGUGACUUCAUCAUACAAAGGAAGGUAUACAAGUUCAUGAUUGCUUUGCUCGAUGCCAAACAUCAAGAUGUCUGCUUUUCUGCCUGUGGAGUUCUGCUAAACCUUACUGUGGAUAAGAACAAACGAGCUAUACUAAAGGAAGAAGGAGGAAUUAAGAAGUUAGUUGAUUGUUUAAGAGACUUUGGGCCUACAGACUGGCAGUUGGCUUGCUUGAUAUGCAAAACGCUGUGGAACUAUAGUGAAAAUAUCACAAGUGCUGCAUCAUGCUUUGAAGAAGAAGAUAUCAAUACUCUGCUAGUGCUGCUUGCAUCAUUUUUAGAUGAGGAACUAGCAUUGGAUUACAACUUCGACAGCGAUUUAAGGGACUAUCACAAACUCUAUUGGGAAACAGAGUUCAAGCCUGUGGCACAGAAGCUUCUCAACAGAAUUCAAAGCCGCCAUUCCUUCCUUCAGCCUAUAACUAAUACUUCAUUUUAA